CGGGGAUCGAGAUUUGUUUGCAAACUUUAACAAUCAAAAUAUGCCCGACGAACCAAAGCCUGGCAGGUCUUCUCACACACUGACUUGUUUAUUCCCUGUUCGCAAGGUUCCAUGCAACCAGUCUUUUUGACAAAAUCGCGGACAAAUCCGCUCUUUCACGAUACUAUUAAAGGCCCAGGUGGUUCACCCGAUAUUCCUUCACAUAUCUCCAGCGCAGACCUCUUCAGAGCUUCUCCUAUAAUUCACUCUUCACUCACUUCACCUACGACAUGAACCCUGUCCCUCUCAUUAAUCAUCCAUGCACAUUGUGCUGUAGGCCUACUUCCAUGUGGUGUAGCCGCUGUCAGAGCGCGUGGUAUUGCUCUCCAGAACACCUUCAAAAUGAUUGGCCUCGACAUCGUAAGGAGUGUAUACCGGCGGCGCACACUAGUCAAAAUUAUAAUAUUAUUGCCACCCCGCCGCCUGCUGAGCAGCAGUUGAUUAUGGUAUCUGCGAUACUUUUCGCUCCUGAAGAGGAACGACCAAGAAUCAUCACGGUGAAAUGCAGACCAUCUCAAAUCCCAUCUCACGGGAUGUGCCCAAUGCCACUCGUCAAUGGACACUUCGCUGACGGUCAAACUGAGAGCAUUGUUCUAACGCAAGGUCUUAAUGGUGAACCAUUAAGGUUCCCGCUCCAUCUGUGGUACUCUCCAACAGCGCUAUCUCGAUGCGCACCUGUCAAUCGCGCAAUUUAUCACAUAACUUCUGGCGCUGCUGCAAAGCCUUGGUGCGGCACAGUUGUCGUCCUCAAAUUCAAUGGAUCCAGGAGGCAAGGCUACUCAGAUGCGGGUUCAAAUGAUUUGCCUGCACUAUCGGCAUAUUUCCUGGCUUACAAGUAAAUUAUUUAUUAUGUGGAGUCUUAAACAUAGUAUUAUUCAUAGACUAGUAUAUUAUCAUUUACAUUGUCGUCGCUGUAGCUUUGCUUUUUUUUCGCCACUCUUGUAUAUAGUGGUUUCGGUGAUAAGUAUGUUAGCACAAGUCCCAUAGUAUUUUCUCUCCACAAUAGAGCUCUGUAUUUAGAAGAUACCAGAAGUUUGACUGGC